AUGUACCGACGGUUACUCACAAUUGCCAAGUCUUCAAGAUUCAGAUCUAUUCAAACGGCAUCUCACGCUCUCAAAUUGACACCACCGAGCGCAAACCUUCACCCUUGGGAAGCCUUUUUUGGAGGUGCUAUCUCCAACUCAAUCGCUGUCAUGCUUUUAUACCCACUAAUACUCGGCAAGAAACGCGUGCAGAUGUCGUCUUCAGCCUCCAUUCAGGAUGUUCUAGUUGACGCGUAUCGUGGUGAAGAUUUUCUUGCUCACAGAAAAAUUCACGAAUGCGAGGAAGAAAAACCGGAAGACCGUGGAAUUGUCGGGGUGAAAGGACUAUACCAAGGUCUUCAAAUCAAACUUAUCACGGUUUUUCUUAGUCAAGGGGUUACAUUUUUAGUGAAGGGCAGAAUUGAACAGCUGGUGAUUGCAGCCUAUCUGGCCAAACUUAGGAGAUCGGCUGCUAAAGUAUAG